CGUUCGCGAACGGCCCCGAUGACGGGACGAACGUUGUCGUUGCCGCAUCGCUCGCGGCCAGUACGAAAUCGCGGUGGCGCGAUCGACGACGCGACAAUAUCGCGCGGCGAGAUACCGCGGACGGUCCGUGUGUCAGCGUCGUAGAAGUUUUCAAGGUCCGAGCGGAAAGGUGCGUUUCCACUGGCGGGCAUGUCACCGCGCGUACAAUUGUCAUACCGUCGUCGCACACGAUUCGCACGGUGAAUGACAGCGGUGAAGUUGAUCGAGUAACGCGAACGCGGGUAAACACUCUAGGAUCCAUCGCGAUCUAGGCUAACUACACAACAAUGGCUGCAGCCUCGGUAGCCUCCUGCUUUUAACACUUGGACACAUUUCUGCGACUAAGGAGAACGAUGUAAUCAGGAAAUAAUAGCAAAACAAUGUACAAUGAACUACAAUGGAAAUAUGCCAGAUUGGCAUCAGUAUAAUCCCCCGCAAUCAGGAAUAAACGACGUCUCAUCGACGAGUCAAAACAUUAGUUCAGGACACUUUAUCUCCAGUAUUAGUCCAAACUGUCCGCCACAGCUGAGCAGCUUGAACCUCAGUUCGGAAGGACUCGAGAAACAUCAGAACGAUUCCAACUUCAACCCGAGGCAUUUCCAGCCGCAUCUGCCGAGCAAUAUCUCGCACGGGCACAAUGCCGUUGCCGACAAUACCCCCCUGGCAUCGAUGGCGCAAAUGCAGAACUGCAUCGGCCACUACGGGCCGUCGAAUACGAGAAACUCCAUGGUGGACAAUCUAAACGGCCCGAUGGAUCCGAGGAGUACCGCGAUAGGCGGUCUGAACGAGGAGCUGGGCUACAGAAACAAUCAGGUGCCUUUGAACGGGCCUAUCUCGCAUCACGGACCAAACGUAAUGAAUAUGAAUGCGCCGCACGGACCUAUAGCAUCGCGAAGCACCAACGUCAACUCCCAUGCCACCGGCAGAACGGGCCCGCCACCGUCAUUCGCUCCCUGCAAAGCGCUGUGCUGCAAUCCGGAUCCCAACAUAAGUUACCAGCAGUAUUGUUCUUAUCAGAACAACGCGGCCUAUCGAGAGAACAUCCGCUCGUCCGCCGGAUACCAAGCGGACGCGCGACGAUUCGGCAACGACUUCAGCUUUAGGAAGGAUAAUUUCGACGGCAAGGACGUGCCGCCGCCGCCGCCGCCGCCGCCGUCGUCUAUGGUGCCGCCACAUAAUGUGCCUAAUGUCGAUCAUCGAAGAAAUUUCUCCGAUCCGAUAAAGUAUCGCAAGGACCGUCUGGUUUCACGCGGCUAUCCAUCUGCCUCGAGCAUGCUGCAGAACUACUCGAUGCAGAAUUACAAUUACGCGGAGUACCAGAAGUAUCCCUACGGCGUGAAGGAUUACUCGAAAGUCGGCGGCAUGAACGUGCCGAGUCAGGGAAUGGUGAAGCAGCAUGGUCAGGAGCAAGGCUUCGCGAUGCCGCAGCAGAAGUACAACAGCGGCAAGCAGCAGGUGCCUUAUCAGAGUAACGGCGGCAUGAUGCCGAGUAGCAUGCCGUCCGCGAACGUGCCGCCGAAUCCGAGCAUGAUGUCGGCCGCGCAGAACACUUACUACAACUCGCAGUAUCCGCGGAAUCUAUCGACGGAAACGUCGCACAGUUGCCAGGAAGCUGCCGAUAAUGUGCCCAUGGCGAACAGGAUGCCGACGUCGACGAUGCCGCACAACACACCGCACUCGCGGUACCCGGAGUUCCAGCAGAGGUUGGCGAUGCAGCGAUUCUCGAUCGAGAAUCACCUGAGGAAGCUGUCGAGGAUACCCGACUACCAGUCGCUUCCAGAAUACAAGGAGUGCGUCCAUAAGUAUAACGAAAUAGUGAAUAUUGAACGGCAACAGUCGUUCACGUAUCAAGGACAAAUGCAGCAGGCUGCCCCGUGCGUCGCCGUGUCGGCGGCCGUCAACGCGCCCACCGUCCCGCCUAUAAAUCUGCAGUUUGACCGCAACGGUGUUUUGAUCAAUUCCAGCUAUCUGCCCGAGGCCUUCAGAGUGCAGCAAGUGGUGAAUCCGCCGCCGGUCGACAGCGCGACGGCGGACAAACAAAGCAAACAGAGCAGCAAAAAUAUCACCGAAAUGGCGAAUCACAACGUGCAGAAACCGGAACAGAUGCUUCCGACGCAGCAACACGCCGCUCACGCGGUUGUUUUGUGUCCGGAAGGCAUUCAGCAAGGCAAGCAGGAUCGAUAUCCCGCGCCGAAGAGCCUCGAUCAGAGGCAGUUUCAAGUGCCGAAAGCGCCGGGCGACGGCUACAGCAAUCUGGGCGCGAACGCGAGCGACACGGCGAUGCAGCAGAAGAUGCCCAAGGUGCUGGACGUGCGGCAAUUCCUGGCGAACUGGGACGAAUCGGAGGACGAGGAUGGCGCGAGUGCCAAUCUACCGGAAGCCGUUCUCAGCGACUCCACGCCGGUCGUGGUCGUCGGCUACGAAAACGUGGACCUGUCGGCGAAAACGCUGGAGGAUUUGAACAGCUCGAAGCCGCCGGAGAUCGCGUCGGGCGUGAUAGCGUUCGAGAACCAGACGGACAAGAGCGCCGGCAGCGGCGGCGUGGUGGCCGCGCAGGACUGCCUCACGAUAUCGUACGCGGAGAACGCCGCGGAGAUCGCGAAGGAUUCGGCGUGCAAGGAGCUGGCGAAGGUACGGCCGGGAAGCCACAUCAUACAGUGCAUAAGCAACGAACCCGGCGAGGCGCCGACGAUACACAUAGUCGACAAUCUGGAGAUCGGCAGCAUUCUGCAGGUCGCCAAUGGCCAGGUCGCCGAGACGCAGGACGCGGUGUCGUUCUUUCAAGAGGGAACAGAAGUCGAGGCGAGCACGAUCGCACUCGAGGCCGACAAGUUCAAAAAGGUGGUGGACGGCAGUGGCGGCGAAUCAUCCGCGACCGCUCUCGUCGAUCUCGCGAGCAAGGAGAAGUACAUCGUCGAGGAUUCCUCUUCUUCCAAAGCGGCGGAGAAUGCACCGCAGCCGGCGCGGGUGGCCGAUCAGAUCGUCACCCUGCCGGCGUCCAUGAAGGACAACUUGGACGCUGCUCAGGACAUGAAUUUGAAGAAGCAGAGCAGCUUCGCGAGCGAGGAAUCUCACAAUCCGGACGACAUAAGUCUGCCGGAUCUGCCCACGUCGGAGUGCACACCGAUCUCCACUACGCUGAACACGCCUAUCCACUCCGACAACGAGGAAUCGUCGGAGCACGUCGAGGAUCUCACGAUACCGACGAAUCCGAUCGAGAUCAUCCAGAACAGUCCCAUGAUUAGUUUCACGCAAUCGCCGACGAAGGGCGAGCCCUACGAUCAUCUGAGCGACGAGGGAACCGACAGGAGAUCGACUGAUUCGUUGAGAGGCGAAUAUCGAACGGAAACUCGUUACAAAGGCGAUGGAAGUCAUGAUAUGCUCGAUCACGAUACCGUUCUUGGCACAUUUGAAUUCUCCGCGAAUAUUGAUGAGAGCGAAGCCGGUGCAACGACUAAGAAAAACAAUAAGGAACGCGCGAGUCCACGUGGAAGUUGCGUAAUAGCGAAUAAUAACGAGAAAACAUUCGCACUGAACGGUGAAACGGAAAGUGUGGAGGUUACCGGCAUGCGUAUGACUUUGACCUCCGGCGAAUAUGAAUUAAAGAUCGUGUCAACAGGCGCGCAGAGCAAGCCGCGGGAUUAUAAAAAUUCAACGAACGAGCGUCACGUGAAUGAAUCUGAAAUCGCCGCCGCUGUAAGUUCAGACGUGUCGAUGACGCGUAAGAAAUUACCAUUACUUCCGGAAACGUGCGCGAAAGUCACACCAGGUCGCCGUUAUGACGACUCGAUGGAAUUGAAUAAUGCAUUACAGAACAUUACGAAAGAUCCGAUUGAUUGCGAUCAAGUUGACGCGAAUUAUGUCGAAAGAAGAUGCGUCUCGACCGACUUGACCGAUCAAACCAAUUCAGCGAGCGAUGCUGCUUCAAGGAAUUCCAGGUCGGAGGAUGUCUGCUCAACGAAGAUCGCAAAAAGUAAUAAUCCGUCUACAUCGCACAGUACAAAACGUUCGAAUUUAAGCGACGACAAGUUGAGAAAAUGCGAGAGCGAUAAAUUCGCGAAGGAGGAUUCAUCUUUGGAGAGGAAUAUUGACGGUGAUAAAUCCGCGAGAACCGACGCGAAGAACUUGAAAAGUUUUCGGCACGUGAAGCACGUGGAUUAUAAGAAGCCAGCGUCGGGCGAUCCGGCGAUUUCUCACAAGAAGAGAUAUUUGUCCGAAAACACGGCGGAGAAAUGUAGCGGAGAGGCAACUACACAUCACGAUAAGCAUACUCAAGAGGCGGAUGCGCAUAAAGUCAAAUUAUGCGCCGGCGAUGGUCCCAAGGAAUCAGACGUAUCGCGUAAUAAACCAAAAAUAAUCGAUAACAUACGCGUCGACGACAGCAGCGAGAGAAUACGGCUUCUGAAGGAGUACAGAAGAAUAAAGUACAAAUCGUGCAGCGUGGGAGAAAAGAAAGGUAAAGAUGCACAGGAAGCGUCCGACUGUGCAGCGAGCAAGAAGAGCCACCUUUCGUCGAAUCCUGACGAGCGAUCGCAGUCAUCGAAGGAUAAACAGCUGUGUCAACGGGAUGCAGCGAGGCUCAAGUUGUCCGACGAACAGGAGGAGAAGCACGCGAAUAUUCUGCGGACGUUUGUGACGAAAAAUAUCAACCCCGACUUCGACAUUCAAGUCACGAAUGUCAACUUGAAGCUCAACGACAACGAUCACCCGAGAGAUUUGCAGUGUUUGCGAGAAGAUGCGAAGAACAGCGGUGCCCUCGACGCGAUCAAAAUCGAAAUCAACGUGUCGUGCUCGGAACGGAAUACAACGAAGACGUUGCUGCAUGAAAAUAUCAAGAACGCUGUCGCUGAAACGAUCGGUCACUUGACCAGCACGAUCUCGAACGGAGCGAGAUCGAAUUCGACAAGCAUCACGGAAAUUCAGUGUGAUAAGAAGGUAGCCUGCGACAAGGUGGAGUGCUGCGAUUACGAGAGAUCUCCUGCCACUUCGAGGGAAGCGUCUACGUACAAUAAUGAGGCAUACAAGGAUCAGGAUAACGCAGAAGUGAAACACAAAUCGGCGAUCACCGCAUGCGCGGCGAGCGAGGAACCUUCUAAUUCACUUGUCUCGAAGAAAAAACGAAAGUCAUCCUCGGAACGAGAUCAAAUCAAUAACAUAUACGACGAUAAUGGUAACGUCAAUAUCGAAACUGAGCCUGCAUCGAGCAUCUUGGAAACUUCGGAAACGGAGCACGCAGCAAUUAGAAGACGAAGCGUGCAGCAAGAUGCAGAAAGGAAAGUUGCUGCCACCAAUUUCUGCGUAAACGAAGAAUCGAAAAUCUCUGUGGAUAAUUCAUACAUGGGAUCGAAGAACGUACAGAAGAUGGAUCACCAGGAAAUGACCGCUUCUCUCAGUAGAAACGCAAGGAAUUCCCAAGACGAUAUCGCGUCUAGAUCAAACGCGAUUCCGUCGACCUCUUCGAGCGCAGCGAAUGCCAGCUUGGAAGACGCCAGGUACGACAAUCCCGUACACUUCGAUUACAAUCACUUCGACGUUGCGCCGAACGAGCAUACAGAUGCUAAUGACAACGACAAGCGUAAUGACAGAUGGAAGAGGCCGAAGAGGGACGACGGUAGAUUCAGAAGCUUCGACCUGUACGAGAGCUCCAGCGGCUUCAUAAAUCCGACCUUCUUCAGUGCGGACGAGCGGGAGAACUUGAACGCGGUUCCCGUGUACACUACCAAGGACGGGAAGAUAACUUACAGCCCCAAUCCCCGAUUCACGUAUCGCGAAUUGAUCAUGGAGGCUCGCGCGAAGGAGAGCUACGGCCCAAGCGCGCGCGACUCGUACUUCGCGCGAUCGCCGUCGUACGAUUAUUACAACUGUUCCAAGCUGCGGAAGGUAUUCAAGAGACAUCGUGACGUCGCCGCCGGUCGAAAGAGAGAUAUCGAUUCUGCCGACGCGAAACCCGCGGCGAAGCACAUCGAUUAUUCGCCGAGCAACAACGCCGCGAAGACCCGAGAUACGUCGCAUUUGGAAUUCUUCAACGACGCGAACAAAUUAUUCGCGAGCAGCAGAAACGGUCAGCAGGAGAGCAAAGAGAGCAAUCGGAAAAACAUCGUGGAUCUGAGCUUCCUGGAGAAAAAAUACAACAACGAAUCCGCGUCCAGCGUUAAGCAUUGCAAGACGUUCGCGGACAAUCUCGGCUAUGAGAAGGGCUACAACGAGAGCUCCGUGUUCGAUACGAAUCUGUUUCUGGGACCAAAGUCUACAUGCGAGGAGACGAUGGAGUCGAUCAAGUCGUAUUCUUCUCAUAUCGACAGGAGAAAUACCGACGGCCUCAAAGAGUAUAAUUUCAGCGAGAUAUUCGCCGUGCAGAAACGACUGGAUCCCUUCCCGUUCCUGCCUGCGCAGCAAAAUUCCUCCGACAAUGAGCACAAAGCGAAUUGCGACACGGCGAACGAGCCAAUGUUGUAUCAUCGUGCAAUAUGCAGCUUUGCCGACGAUCUACAUGUCAGCGACGAUGAUGCACGAUGCGAAAAAUCGAGUGCCGUCUUACAUAAUGAGCAAGAGAGUGAAAUUAAUAAUCAAAACGAUGCAGUAGUGAUAAGCAUUAAUAAUGAUAAAUCAGCAGACACGCCUAGUGCAUCGUUGAAUAUACAUAGAAACGAUGAAUAUUUAACGAGGCAAGAAUCUCAGUCCGAAGAAAUCAAGUCCAGCGCUGUGCUUGCUGAAACUCCACGUCCUUGUUCUCCGAAAGUAGUAGAUGAGAAAAUUCAGGAUUCGGAAAGAGAUCAGUGUUCUGCGGAUUAUGUUAAAGACAACGAAGUAUUAGCGGAACAUCCAGAUCCGGAAGAUGACGCGUGUGUUUGCAGCACUGUCUCUUCACAGGAAGAUGAACCCAACGCUGAAGAAGCUAAGACUGCUAAGAAUGUUGAAAAUACUGAGAAUGCUGAAUAUGUUGAAAAUACUGAAAAUGCUGAAAAUGUUGAAACUACUAGAAGUUGUGAAAAUUCUGAGAAUGCUAAGGAAUCUGAGAAAGCUGAGGAAACUGAGAAAGCUGAAAAUACUGAAAAAGCUGAGGAUUCGAAACAACAUUUAGAUGAACAUAUCGAAGUCGCAAGUCUAUCUGAACUGAAUGUAGAUGGUGAUCUUAUCAAAGAUUCACCGGAUGAAUUAAAAUCUGCAAAAACAAUAGAAGAAUCUGCGCCUCCUUCGAACGAACAAAGCGAUGGAAUUAAUGACAGCGCGAAAAAUAAUUCAGAUCCUGCCGUGGACCAAGAAAUUUUACAUUCAGAAAUUUUACCUGUGUCGAACAAUCGCAAAGAAGAGGAAGAAGCUGCGCCUGCAAUAGAAUUGAACAUUUCGAGCGAAAUUGAUCAGACAACGAAUGAGCAAGACAAUGCGUGCGACGAAAAUUCUACAGUUUGUCAAGAAAAAGAACCGAUUACUUCGCAAAAUCCAUCCGACGUCGCACUCAUGGAACAAUCGCUUGAGGAAGAAGGCAACGAGCAGGAAUUGCAAAAGCCGGUGGACGAAGAACGGACUGCGGAAAUUUCAUUGAAGGAUCCAGGAACUGACGAGGUAGACAAUUGCAAUCCCAUCAUAAUAUCUACGCCGCCUCCCAUUUUGGAUUUGCAGAUGGCACGAGCGGAAGACAGCGUGUGCGACUUAUUCGCGAACGAGAAGCGCGAGCAAAAUAUAUCGGAGUUCACCGUCAUCAAAAGCAUCAUCAAACCCGAUAAGAAGCAACUUGAGGAACUGGAAGCGAAAGAGCAUCUCAAGGAUUGCGACAGCAUAAUCGAUUCUAAGCUGCUGUGCAUGGACUCCUCUGAUUGCGGGAUCUACUCGGAGGACAGGUGCACUUUGGUACAAAUAUCCGAGCACGAUUUCACCGAGGACGACAGCAUGGUGCCGAUGGAGUGGGAGACGAGUCAGAUUCAGGAGGACGCUGUGAAUCGCUUGUGCAGCAUCGACGAGUCAUCGAUCGACUUCGCGGGUGCUGCCAGUUCGCUGCAGGACAACUCGCUUCUAGAUAACUUGUCCCUCUCACGGGCGUCAUCUACCAUCAAAGAAUCCGCAGUUGCGGAAAAAAUCAUGGAAAUGGAAAGUAAGACGAACGACGAGUCCGCGGCAGCGAUCGAGUCGAGGCCGACGGUGGAGGAAUCUAAACCGAGCAACGAUGACGACGAUGGCGACCGAGAGCCGGAUCAAGUUUCUUCCAGUAAUUACGAGAAAGUCGCAUACCUGCGCGCGACGGAUUGCAACGCCAACACGAAGAUGGUGCCGAAGCUCGUCAUCAAGAAGAGCGAGGCGAGCUCGAAAUUCGUCACGAAGUUGAGUGCCUCCUCCUCCCCCGUCUCACCGGUGAACAGCAAAUCGAGCUAUCAGCCGAAGAUACCCAAGAUGAUCAUUAGAAACGCGAGAUCUCGUCCCGGCACGCCGUCCAUCCCGUCCAUCGAGGCCGUUCACGAGGAAGUUUCCGCUCAAGCGAGUAUUUCAGAGCGGUCUUCGCUCGCGGCCGACGAACUGUACGACAACGAUUCCAACCAGAGCUCCCUGCAGGAGUCGAGCGGUCACAGGAACAAGAUUCCCAAGAUGAAGAUCAAACUGGACGAGAGACACUCUAGCAAGAUAAUAGCCGAGGACAGCACAGAGGUUUGCGCGAAGCGCAAGAAUAUGAAGAAAACGAUAUCAAAGGAGUCACGAGAUCCGGACAGGCACGAGGAGAAGAUACCCGUGUUGAAGCUGCGAAAGCACGAGAGAAACAGGUCGUCAUCUCCAGAAGGCGUGACGCGGAAGCGGCAGAGUUCGAGUCAUUCGGAUGUGCCGGUGAAAAAGUGCAAGAGAUCGGGACGCGACGAAACGGGACACUCGACGAGGCGCAGCAGCUCGUCCGAUUCGACGCGGACGACCGCGUCGGAAAGCGAGGCGCGGAAAAAUCCUCUGGUGUGCAUCUCCGAGAAGAUUCCGAAGGUCAUCAUCAAAAGAACGUCGGCCAGCGCGGAGUUCAAGUGCGAGUUCAGCAAGGGAUACAAAAGCGUGAUCGCGAAGAGCGCGAAGUGGCAGCCGGAAGUCAAGCUAGAGCGUUAUCGCAUUCUCGACGGCAUGGUGAAGGAUCUAAAAUUAACUCCGAUAUCGUUGCGCACCAUAGAGAAGAUAUUCUCGAGUAGCAAGGAUCGUCGGCAGCAGGAGGGCGAUCACAAAUUGUCCAGGUCAAAUUCGACGUCCGACUUGCUGCCCGUCAAAUGCAAGCAGCGGAGAAUGUCGGAUUACGACUGCAGGAAAGCCAGCGACGCGUUGAAGAGCGAUUUGAGUUUCGCGCGGGACGCGGACGUUAAGAAUACGAAAACGUGCAUCACGCCGAAGAAGAAUGUAUCGUCGAAAAAUCACAGCAGACCGAUGGACGACGGAUGCCCAAAGGACGACAGACGCAGAUCCAGAUCCCGCGAUAACAAUCCACAAGCGGAAACGGACGUUACUGAUAAGGAGAUGAGUCAGCCGUUUGGAAAAACCGGUUCGGCUUUUGCUCAGCAUGAUGAAUGUAAAAUUAGUGGUUUUGAUGUCCAUCACGAGCGAGCGGCGAGAGUCGACAAAGAUAGGCAGGAGAAUAUUUUCGUGAAGCAUUCGAGCAACUCUACGGACUUCAAGAUCGCGUUGAAAGAACUGAAGGCGACGUCCAAUAUGGAGAAUUGUUUUGUAAAACUGCCUGACCUGAGCGGACCACUUUCCCUAGAAAUCAAUUUACAUACCGAGAAAGAAGGGCAAAAAGAACGAGACGAGGACCUCUUCUUCGGUAAGAGCGACAGUAAAAACAUGAUAAAGAAGGAACGACUGAGCAGUUCCAGCGACAUCGAUUGCACUCUGCAGGACGAUAUCGGUUUGCUCAAGGACGAUUCUGCAGGUAUGUUGGAUAGUUUCGGGAUAAACAGGAACUCCAUCAUCAAAAUCGAGUCCUCGGACGAGAGCCAGUCGACUAUCGAGAUCCUGCCGGCGUCGCCGGACGAUAACAAUGAGCUGGAAAGCAACAUUAUCGAAGACGGCGACAGCGAACAGUUGUACUCGGCGGACGCGAUUCCAACUCAGUUCGAAUUGGAGCUGGAGAUCGCGGACAACAGCAACACGGAUCUGCUGGACGUGCCUAUGCCGAAGCUCGAUCCUAUUUCUUGCUACAGUUCACGUCGCGUUUCCACCGAGGAGCCUUGCGGCGAUCAAGCCUCGAAGGCAGGACGCUGCAAUACAUUCGAGUCCUCGUCUCGCGGCAAGAAUCUGCUUGAAAAAGACAAGCAUGUGACGGCUAACGGUAGAUCCGCGCUGGAGAGCGACUCGACUGGUUCUGUUAGACAGAUUUCCGUGAUAUCUCCGUGCAGCAGGACGGCGGGUUCCGUCGCGACGAAGGAAAACUUCUGCUGCAACGAUUCGUUGAUUAAGGAAGUCUUGGCGGCCAAGGAGACCUUGAAGAAGUGCCUUUCGAAAAGCAGAUGCGAGGAGAGCGGCGCGAGGCUGAAGACAGUCGCGGAGAAGAAACAAGGCUCGAGUUUUGAUCUCAACAGUCUCUCGGAGACGCAUUCUAAGUCAAGCAACGCUCCCCAAGGCUGUCGUAGCGACAUCGCGCCUCAGACGGCUUCCACGCCCGCGGCUGGCAAACACAAGACUGAAAGCAUGCCUGUCGAAAAGUCUGAUAAGAAACAUUCCAAACAAAGUAAAAGUUCCUGCGUGAAGAAGAAACCGAAGUCGCCCGAGAAGAAUGACAGAGCGAAUUGCAGAGAGGUGACGAAGAGCGCGCUCGAGAGCGCGAUAUCCUUGAAGACGUUCAGACGCGUCGGCCAAGCUGUCUCGAACGAGAGUCGUACUGUGUACUUGAGCGAGAAACGAAAGAAUUCAUCGGACACUCCGCAGUUACGAGAUACGCAGCGGAAGGAGGGGAGCAAGUGGUCGUCUUACAAAAUUCCCAAGAUAUCGAAAUCUAUGGAUCGCGGCAGAGCCGACGGCAACGCGAAGGAGAACAAGUCGAGGGAAGACAACAUGCCGAUAUUGGAGCCCGCGAUCGCCAUGGAUCUCGAUUCGGACAGAGACAGUUCCAGAUCGCCGCCGGUCAUCACGAUUCAGGACAGUGAGGAUCUCGAGAUAACGGAAGCCAAGCUGGCGGACGACAAGAUCAUCACGUCGGACGAUAAAGUUGCGAGCGACAUGAAGGAUGUUCACAAAAAGAGCGAGAUGUCCACUGUCGAUUUGAUAUCUCAGUUAGCUUAUCAUGAAAAGGCAACGAUAAAGGACAAACCUUACUGUAAUCUGUGCGAAAGAGAGUUCGACACAAUAGCACGGUAUCGACGGCAUCUGCGUGGAUAUCAACACAGUCACAUGGAAUUGACACAACGUAGGAGCAUCCACGCGCUGUUCAUGCUGUUCACGGGCAAGCCCUGUCCGAGGCUGCUACCGGCACACAUCGUGCGAAGUGAUUGCUCCAUAGGUGAAUUAACGCCGUUACAAAUUGCGGUUCAGGAUGUCACAAAGUGCUUUGACCGUACAGAGCAAAGUCCUAAGAAGCAGAAUAACGUUGAGAAAUAAUCACGAGUAAGUGAUUUGGAUUAAGCAUACACAGUUACUGUGAUCAUAAUUAAACGGCUUACAGUGCAAUCUUUUUCUGAAAACAUUGUUUGCGGCGAUAAUAAGAGGAGAUAAUACGAAUAUUUUAGAUCGCAGCUAGUCCGACAUGCGGUUAAAUAGCUGCCACUGUUAAUGGCGCCGGCAUCGAAAUUUUAACUACUAGAUAACGAACGCUUCAAAAGAAGUUUGUUAAUUUUAGCUAAGUCAACCGAUGCGGGUAAUCAUUAACGGAGAGUUACCGAGGAGACAAUUUUAGCUCGCAAUUAGAUGUUUAGCCAAAGACUUUAGUAAAGCUAAAUGAUACACGUUCGAUUAUUUACACUUUUCAGAAGACUCUGGUCUUUAUUUGUACAAAGUUUUAACGAGUGAUUCAACCGCUGAUUGUGCUCACUGCGAAUUUUUAUUUAUAUUACGAAGAGACUUAUAUAUAAUGGAUAGGUAUAUAUAUACAUAACACACGUACAUAUACACGACAUAUAUAUAUGAUUAUAUCUGUCAUUCCAGUUUGCAAAAUAUAUACACUGACAACAUUCUGUUACCAAAAAUCACGCGUAUACGAUUAAAUUUGUGUAAAAAUUGCGGUAUGAUCAAGUUUCUAAACAUAGACGUACAAGAAAUGAUGAAACAUUCCUAUAUUAUAAUUAUACGGAAAAAAAUUAUGGGAUAUUGAAGUGAUUUAUGUUGCACAGUAGAAAGUUUACUUUAACGAAGCUGUUUGCGAUUCAUAUAUAGAUAUAUAAAACUGUCGAUUUCCACGUUGUGUCGGUGUUAAAAUGCACUUGGAAUGACUAAACGUUUUAACUUCGUUGUCUUUUUAGAAGUUACAGUUACGAAAUUUUAUUCGUAAUAUUUUAUCGGUGUUAUUUUAUUUGUAAUAUUUUAUCGAUGUUAUUUUAAAUGGAAUGAUAUUAAAUCGUGUGUCGUGAAACGUGAAGAAUAUAUAUGUAUGUAAAAACAAAAAUUAAAAAAAAAUAUAUAUAUUCUUCAUCAAAAUGUCUAUCAUGACAUUCUCAUCAUUGCUAUGUCUAUAGAAACUACACGUUUUGGGUUACACAGAAAUAUCGCAUAGCUCAUGCUAGAGUUGAUAAUGCAAAAAGUGGUAAGCGUUAGGGAAGAUUGGGGGGGGGGGGGGGGGGAAGAGGAUCUGCACCCAGCGUUACUAGGCUUCGACGAAUGUACAUAUUGCCAUAACACAGAAGAUCUAUUGAAGCAAAAUCCGUGAUAUUAAUGUUUAGAGGAAUUUAAAGUGAGCAGGUCGAGGCCAAUCUCAGUCUACAACAUGAUUUCUUUGUACAAACAGGCAAAAUUUAAACAUACACAAUUCACGAUAUGCACAGUGUUCAAGCACUGGAUAGUGAUGCUCCACAUGCAUACACCUAUAUAUAUAUAUCAAGUCCAAAAUCUCUGUUAACACAGAUUUUAUACAUUAAGUGAUAGUUUUAUGCUCCCUUUUCACAUAUUUCGCACUUGAUUGAUAAUCGUUCACAGUACAUUUAAGAGUACAUUCUUGAUUAUACUCGAUUGAUGACAAAAGUUGAGCUUCUUUUUGCGACAUACAUUUUAAUCAAAGUGUGAAGAUGUGCGCUGGGAGUGAGAUAAUUCCUUAAAGCACUAGUUCCUGGCUUUAGAGGGGGUUAGAGUAGGUAAUGUUGUUAAGAGGCUACGACCAGAUGUUACAUUAAUACAGGGUUAACCGAUUGUAUUCGGCAAUCGUUUCACGCUAUUUCCUAAUUUAUCUUACGGAGUUUAAUCGUCGGAGUGAAAGCGUUUCUCGUUCAUAAUCAAUUCUAGUUCUGGACCAAUUUAACCAAAUGUAAUAGAUAUGUAAGUUUAUGAAUUGUUAUUACAGUUAGAGCUUUUGUUUUUCUUUAUUUGUUCCAAAUGUUUUAGAUUUUAUUCGCACGAGUGCCUUAAGAUACACCUAACAGUAUUCGUUGUAUCGUGUUACAUAUAUUAUAUAAAAAGAUACAUAUAUAUAGAUCUAUAUAUAAAAAUAUAUAUAUCUAUAUACAUAUAUAUAUACAUAUAAAUACAUUUAAAAGAAGGAAUCUAUAUAUUUGUACACUUGAGCAUGUUUAUACACAUGUACAUGAUUAUGCCUUAGUUAUUGGAGCGCAUUAUAAAUUAUAUAAUUAUUUUUAAAUAUAUUGAGAAAUAUUGAGAAAACAUUUUACCAGUCCAAUCUGAGAAAUCAGAAUCUUUUACACGAAACGUACAAAAUAAAGUUUAACUGUUGCAAUUGAAACAAAGUACAUAUUACACGUGUUAAAAACAGAGUCUUUAGCGUAACAAUACUGCCUCUUUAUAGCUACAACAGAUAUUUUCGACAUGAACAAUAAUUUGAUGCUACAUCGUUUGUUUAACUGCACUGAUGAAAAUGUACGAUCACUAUAAUCAGUACAAUGACUGCAUUAUUGUAGCGACAUAACAAAAUAUACAGAAAAUGGUACAAUAGGAAUUGUUAACAGCGACAGCAGAUUGUUAAUACUUUAUGAAUCUGCACGUACUGAAUCUAAAUAAUUACGAAGACUCGUAUCUGAAAGCUUUAUAUAUAAAUGAUAUAUGAAACAAAUGUAUGAGUAUGUUCAUGUUUUUCAAAUAAUAUCAAGUAAAUUUUUAAAAAACCGUGAUAAAAUUGAUAAAAUUAUAUCAUAAAGGUAUAUCACAAAGUGUAAAACAAUAAUUAUUGAAACAUAAAAUUUUAUGUAAUGAGAUAUUACGAACAUUUUCACAUAUAGAUAGUUACACGAAUGUUUUUAAUAAUUUUUAAUUAAUGUUGUUAUCUCAUUUGUUAUACAAACUUCGUUAUCAAUUUUCAAAAUUAUCUGUUUUUUAUCAACUAUGUAGUAAAAGUAUCAGUUAAUAUGACAAAAAUGUAUGUUAAUGUUACAUUGUGGUAAUCAAAUCUCUAUGGAUAUAUUCUUAGACUUAAAGAAAUAGAAUAAAUAUUUUAUAAAGUGUUGAAUAUUCAAUGGUAUAUAUAGAUAUUAAAAAUAUAUAUAUACAAGUUUUUGCUGUGCUACGAUUUAACUAAACGAUAAAACUGCUGCCGUGUUUAGUUUGUACUAUUAAUUAUAUUGGAAAAGAGUAUAUAUAUAUAUAUAUAUAUAUAUAUAUAUAUAUAUGUACAAAAGUUACUGUUCUCUCAUAACUAAGGCUUAUUGUGUACAUAUAUCAUUGUUGUGUGCUCGAUGUGCCUAAAAUUUUAAAAAAACGUUAUACGCAUCACACGUCCAAACAUAAAUAUAUAUAUAUAUAUAUAUAUUAUGUACAUACAUACAUAUAUAUGUAUAUAUAUUGGAAUUUAUGUACAUGGAAUAUUUUAUGAAUCUAUACAUCACUUGUACAUUGUGUAAGAAAAGUUCCUUAAACUAUGUACAGAUAUUAAUAUUGUACAUUUGAAUCCGUACAUUGAUACGAUGAAGUAUGUAUUCCGCUAUGUGGGAAAUGGACACCUGAAGAAUUUUCAAAUGCCUCAUCUAUUAAGUCACUUAUAAUAUUUUAUGCUAGCGUUUACAAAAAAAACAAGAAAAAAAAACUAUGUUACAAUAAUGCAUCGUACAUGGGCAUUACGGUCGUUCACUGAAGUUCUGAUUUAUGCAUAAUUAUCAAAUAUAGAGGAUGUGUUUUAAAGCGAAUGAAUUCCUGUAUGAACUUAACAAAUAAGGAAUGUGCGUUGUACAUCCGAGGAUUAAUCAAAUUCGCGCGUUAAGAAAUACUUAAGUUUAAUAAUUAGACAGUUUAACGAUGAGAGCAGCAGACCGGACUAUUCCUGACUUCCACUACUGUAAAUCUGUAUAAGCUCAUGCAGGACUGUGUUUCCGAAUGAAAAUCUUUGUUAGAUGAUUUGUGUGAUAUAACUUAAUCUAUAUUGAGAUGAUACAGAUCGUGAAUUAUUUGUACUCGAUUAUUUACUGACGUGUAUGUAUCUGUUUAUUAUAUAUUUAUUGCCCUGCGAUCAUUUUAUAAAUGUACGCAUAGUGCUCGAAGGAUUACUUUUUUGUGAAACACAUGUUUGGUCUUGUCGAAGCAAUUUUCCAAAUUUAUGUAUGUAUAUAUAUAUAUAUAUUAGUAGAAGAAAUUAUACAAAAGAGACCUACAAUUGAAUUACAUAUAUCAGAUCGUUUAUUUUGUUGAAUAUGAAAUUCGUUGAAUUUUACAUGUUAAAGUUUGAAUUUAAUUUAAAAAUGUUUUUUAAAAGCUGUCUCUACAAUAGACAUAUGUUCUUUACAAACAUGUGUGCAUUAUAAACACCAACUACAUUCUUAUUUCACGAAAUAAAAUCGUACAUGUCCAAAAAAUUUUUAUUAGGUAAAAUUGUAAUUAUGUAUUAUGUUUCUCAAUUACAUAUUUUUAAUAUUUUCUGACGUUAGAAGCUAUUUCUGCAUUUUGGAAAAAAAUUUAUAUUAUUUAUAUCAUGCGACAAAGCAGCAUAUCUCCCAUUGUAAUUCGAGUGCUAGUUUGAUAAUUAAGUAGCACUGUCUGAUGAAAGUAAUGCACCGUUAUUCAAUAUUAAUUUUUAAUGUAAAAAUUUAUCUUUACAACUAAUUUAAAAAUUUGUGUGUGCAAUGUAUCGCUUUGUUGCGCCUUGUGUGAAAAGAUCAUACUUUUUACAGUUUAAUUAGGAAAAAUACAUGACCUAGUAAGACUUUUGCGAAAAUGAUUAUUGCUGCUUAAGGAUGUCAACGGAAUUGCAAUGAGAUAUAAAUAUGUAAUCAUUCCAUGAAUUAGGAUAGCAAAGUCUUUAAAUAUAGGAAUACAAUGAGUUUUACGAUAUGUUAAUUUCUGUUAUUGUAUUUACACGUACUUAGGCUAUGAGAGUGUAUAAAGAAUUCAAAUUAUUAUAGUCAAAGGAAAAUAAAGAGUGGAUUGUAUGAUGAAAUAAG